AUUAUUAUAAUGAGUAAAUAAGACAGUUAAUUUCUGUAUUUUAAUGUCAAUUAUCAAAUAUUAGUGGACUUUAGAAUUACAGAAACUUAUAUCAAGCCUUAGUUGAAUAAUAAACACGAUUCUAAACAGGAAUAUAAAAAUGAACAAUUGAAAUGUUGUAAAAUUUAUUAUUUGGAAUAUCAAACAAAAUCAUAAUGGAAACUAAUACACAAUAGGGGUUACAGGACGAUAUCACACACUCUCUACUUCAUUAUGGAUGGCUGAGUAAUGCCAUCAGUUCUUGAAUACAAAAGGGGUAGACCGAAAUCAAAAACACAAAUCUUUACUAAAUGAUUAAAUAUUUAAACAAACAAUCUAACAAAUAACAAGAAUAUUUCAAUGAAACUACAUCAUUCAAUAAUUCAUCAUAACUAAUUCUCAAAAUGUUUUCAAUACAUAGACACUUCUAUAUAUCCACUAUAAUUAUAAUCUUUAUUAUGAAUGCUUUCAAUGCUCAAUAUAUUCAACCAGGUCUAUGUGAAAAUCAAUGUCAUUGUCCAAAAGGUGAAAAUGUUGUCCAUUGUGAUAGACAAGAUCAUUUAUAUGGUGUACCAACCAAUAUACCAAAUGGUAUAACAAAAUUAUUUAUACAACAAAGUGAUUUCCCUAUACCGAAUUCAUUAAAUCAAGCUAAUAUGACUGGUUUAGAAAAAUUAGAAUAUUUACGUAUAAUCUAUUGUAAUUUACAAGUGAUUGAAUCACGAACAUUUAUGAAAAUGACUGAAUUAAAACAUUUAGAUUUAUCCCAUAAUUCAUUAAUUCGUAUAGAAUCAUAUACAUUUUAUGGUUUACAAUUAAAUCAUUUAUAUUUAAGUGAACAACAUUCAUUACCAGAUAAUGGUAUGUUAAUUACAGAAGAUUCAUUUCAUGGUUUAUCAGCGAAUCAAAUUAAUCUACGCGGGAAUCGUAUCCAGUCAAUUCAUUAUGAAAUAUUUCAUAAAGUACCAAGUUUAGAUAGAUUAAUAUUAUCGGAUAAUUUGAUUACAACUAUUGAUGAUGGAUUUGAAAAAUAUUUUAAUUAUCCUAAUAAAUUACUUGAUUUAACUGGGAAUCCAUUAGAAUGUAAUUGUCGUUUAUCAUGGAUUGUUCAACGUACUAUAGAUUGGAAAGAUAGUUUACCUGGUUUAAAUAUGACAUGUAUUCAUUUUACUAAAAAACAGAAUUCUAUACAAAAAAUUAAAAAUAUUUAUGAAUUAGUGAAAUUAACACCGGAACAAUUAUGUCCAACAUCACGUAUACAACAAAUUUUUAUUAAUAUAUUAGAUGAUACUAGUCGAGCAUUAAUUUCAUGUACAGCAGUCAAUGUACCAAAACAUUCACAACAUCUAUUAUAUAAUACAAAUAUGAUUAUAUCUAAUAAUAAAAUAUUAAGUCAUACACCACCAGGUGUAGCAUGGCGUUAUAUAGAAAGUGGACAAUUACGUGAAGUAAGAUAUUUAACAACAAAUAAUCAUUUAACUAAUCAUAAUAAUGAAUAUUUAUAUCAAAUAAAUUCAACUAUGGAUAAUCCAUCAGCAACAGUUCAAUUAAAUAUUACAUUAGAUAAAAAACCACGUAAAUAUACAUGUACUACAUGGGAUGAUAAAAAAGAAACAGAAGAAGUUAUAGUAACAUUAAAAGGACCAGAAUUAAUCAAUAUACCAAAAAUCAAUAAUACAUUAUCGAUUGAUCAUGAAUUAAUCAAUACUCAAACCAAUACCAAUAUUAAUAAUCGUAAUUAUUAUAUCAAACAAUCAGAUGAUUUAUUACGUAAUGAAAUCUUAUAUGAUCAAUCUUAUUAUUUAUAUCAAAAACAAUUUACAUUAUUAGAAAUGUCUAUAGCAGUGAUUUGUACAUUUCUUACUACAUUAAUCUUUUUAUUAAUUAGUGCUAAAUGUUUACGUUUAUGUAAACAUUAUAAAUUAUUUCAAUUUACAUCAAGUUGUAGUACUAUUGGAAUCAAUGAUACUAAAUCAAUAUAUCAUCCAGUGAAAUUAAUCAAUAAUGAUACCAAUAUGAUCGAACAAAUCAAUGAUAAUAAUAAUAAUAAUAAUACACCAAUGAAAUUAAAUGGUAUCCAUUCAUCAAAUAUCAUAAAUGAGAAUGGAUAUAAUUUUAUAAGAACACAUACAAAUCCUUAUUCACAAAUGAUUUUAUCAACAUUACAUGGUCAUAAUAUUAUAACUACUACUACUACUACUAAUACUACCAACACUACUAUUACUACUACUAAUAAUAAUGGUAGUAAUAAUAAUAAUGAUUUUUCAGCACAAAUCAAUCAAUAUCCAAAUCUUACAAAUCAAUAUUUAACAGUUACUUGUAAUGGUAAUGGUUUACCACCAUUACCAUCACCACCAUCAAUACCAAUUCAUUUAGCAUCAUCAUCUGGUUCAGGUACAGAUGAUUUACAACAAAGUUUAGCUAUAUUAACAUCAACUCCAUUAAUACAACAACAUAAAUUAAGAAAUCUUUUAAAUAAUGAAACAAAUACAGUUGGAUUAUCACCAUUUUUAACGAAUACACAACCACAUAUAAGAAAUUGGCUUAUAGCGCCUGGAUCACCAUAUUCUAUUACAGGUAGUCAUGUUUAUGAUGUGCCUAGAACACUUGAAAUUAAUCAAGGUACAUUACCAAUGUCAACAGGUUUAGUGAAUCGAUCUAGUCUACUCAGUGAAUCAGAAUAAAAUAAAUUAUGAUAUAACUUUGAAUUGAUUUUUUGUUUUGUUUCAUAUUCUUUUCAGAUUUUUCCUCUCUGUUUUGUUUUUUAACGGACACGAUUGUUCUUUCUUUUUUACAUCCAUUUUUCUCGGCAUACUUAAAUACUCCACGUCACUACUGAAUUCAUUGUGUCUUUAAGUCAUUGUUAUAUGGUUAAUCUUUUUAGUUAUUUAAUAUGACCACAUAUCAUCAGGUCUUUCUUUUCAUAAACAGACACUUAAAAAGAAAGAAGCAUUUUCUUUUUAAAGUUCUCACUUCAAAAAUAUAUAUAUUGAACACUAAAAUAAUUCUUAAUGACUAUACUACUUAUGUAUUACUUAAAUUAUUGCUAUUACUAUUACCGAUAAUAAUUCAAUGAAUUCUCAUACUGCUGUGGUUAAUAAUAAUAAAUACAAUGAAAAACUCAAUUUUCUAUUGGACAAAAUAUAUAGUACUCAAUCAGCUACUGCUUCUAUACUGCUUCUAUUUUUUCAUACAUCCUAAUCACCCAUCUCUAUUUCCCCUCCCUUCCCCCUGUGCCCAUAUUAAACUGGGGACCAUGUGAUGAUUAAAUAUCAUAGCUUUUAUUCACUUAUUUCUUUAAAAUAAAAUUCAAUAUUGACAAUGUUUCUGUUCUCCUUUUGACUAUACAUUUGGAAAUAUUAAAAUCAUUUAUCUUAUUCACUAAUCUUGUAAUUCAACGUUUCUAUUGUGUAUUCUACCAAUGAUUUGCUUAUUUGAUCAGAUCCUAUAAACUACACACACACGCACGUAACUAUACACAUACAACUUAUAUACAAUGAAGAUCUAGACGGAUAAGUAUGUCAUAGUCACCAUUACUUAUUCUUCAUGAUCUGUUGUUUAAACAAGAUCCAGUGAAUAAAUAAAAUAGUCUACCAAAGGGAGAUCAUCUCCUCUCUUUAAAUUCCUUCAUUUUUUUCCCACCGAAAUCUACUUGUAAUACUUGCCUCGUUUCUUUACUUUUUUUUUCUAGUUUGUUUGUUUGUUUUUACCACCAGUGGUUACGUUGCUUCAUCUUAUGCAACCACCUCUUUUCACUCUUGUUUUGCUUUCAAACAAAAAUAACUACCAUGUUUCACUAUCUUUUAUUUUUAAUUUGCUCUGAUUAAUAAAUUAUUAUUCUCCUCAUUAUUGAACUGAUGACACUAUUUAUACAUAAUUCUUUCUAUGAAAGUGACAAUACAAAUUCCUGUUGUAUAUAAUCUUAAACAAUAAAACUUAUACCAACUACGAAUAUAAUUUGUGCAUAUUUACAAAUUGUAUUUAAUUCUCUUUUUAAUUGAUGAACACAGUGAUAAUGAGAACACACAAUCACAAACACACACACACACAACACACGUGAAAGUUGGAAUAGUAAUUUUUUAGUACAAUAAAUACAUUGGUUUACUUUUG